AUGGGGGUUUCCUUUGACAGGAUUUCCACCACCCCAACAGUGAAUGGAAGUUCUCCAAAUUCUGGACAUCAUCAUGAGGUUAAUUGGGAUCUUAUUGUUGUCAAAAUUGGAUUUACAUUUGGCUUUGGAGUUGCCGUUGGGUCACUUGUGUUGUGCAAGAGAUGGAGUAAGUGGUAUUACAAUGCCAUGUACAACAUCCUUCUCAAGAUAUUCCCUCAGCUGGAAGAAAGAAUUGGUAUUCAUCGAAAACAUGUUCACAUAAAUCAAAGGUGGUGGAGACGUUGA